CGGCAACUAGCUAACGUUAGCAUACUGGUUAGCUGCCCAAAAUACCUACCUGAAGUCCUUUGCUUUGUAUGGAAGCGGUCAGCAUCACCAACGGGGUUCAUGUUACGACUCGCCGGACAUUAUGAGGAACGUUAUUGUGCUGUCACUGCUGCUGCUGAAUAUACAUCAUGUCAUAUCAGCACCCAAAGGCGUCACUGCCAGUCUGGAAGCAAAGUGGAACAUGACGCCUUUCCUUCUGGAGGCAAGCGAGUUUAUCGGAGAAGAUGGGAAUGAAAAAUUCUGGCAGUUUGUUGACACUGUGAAAGAGCUCACUGUUUACAAGCAAGGAGAGUCUGUGCGCUCGUACUACAACUUGAUCAUCAAGAAGGCCGGCCAGUUCCUCACAUAUCUUCAAGUUAAUCUCCUCAAAUUUGCCCUGGCUCUACGGUCGUACUCGCCAGCUGUUCAUGCGUCUCAGCAGAUCGCCAGCGAUGAGCCUCCGCCUGAGGCUUGCUCUGCCUUUGUCUCCAUCCAUGGUCAACAUAGCUGCAGUACCAAGGACAUCAAGAAGCUCCUGAAGGCAGCUGCAGGCAGGCCAAAACCAUAUUUGUACAAGAAUGAUCACACAUAUCCAGGGGUGAACAAAACAGAUGUGCCAGUUGUGAUCCUGUACGCUGAGAUUGGAACCAAGAAGUUCGCCUCGUUUCAUAAGGUGCUGUCAGAGAGGGCUGGAGAGGGCACGCUUGUGUAUGUGCUGCGGCAUUUUGUGGCGAAUCCAAAACCUCAAAAGAUGCUUUUAUCUGGCUAUGGUGUUGAGCUGGCCAUCAAAAGCACCGAAUACAAAGCUGUGGAUGACACCAAAGUAAAAGAUUCAAAGACAGUCACAAAUGCUGAGGAUGAUGGUAAUGAUGAAGUCCAAGGCUUCGUUUUUGGAACAUUAAAGAAAUCUCACCCUGAACUCAAGGAGCAACUCGGUGAGCUUCGCAAACAUCUCCUGGAUAGCACCAAUGACAUGGUCCCUCUCAAAGUGUGGGAAAUGCAAGAUCUCAGUGUCCAGGCAGCUGCCAGAAUCAUGUCCGUGCCAAAGUUCGACGCUUUGAAGCUAAUGCGGGACCUCAGUCAGAACUUUCCGAGCAAAGCCAGAUCACUGACAAGAGUGGCUGUAAAGCAGGAAAUGAGAAAAGAAAUUGAGGAGAACCAAAAGCGUCUCAGCGAGACCAUUGGUGUUCACCCGGGAGACGGGGAGCUCUUCAUCAACGGACUGCACAUUGAUCUGGACAUUCACAACCCUUUCAGCAUUUUAGACAUCCUCAGAGGGGAGGCCAGGGUCUUGGAGGGGCUUCACAACCUGGGCAUAAAAGGGGACCAUCAGGGCAAGCUGCUGAGGCUGCCUGUGAACGCUGUGGAUGACAGCUACGCUUUAGAUAUAAGACAUCCAGCUAUAAUGUGGAUAAAUGACAUAGAGAAUGACCCAGCGUACCGCAGCUGGCCAGCAGGUAUACAGGAGCUCCUCAGGGCCACCUUUCCAGGAGUCAUCCGGCAGAUCCGACGCAAUUUCUUCAAUCUGGUGCUGUUCCUAGAUCCAGUACGGGAAGAAAGUGUGGAGCUGGUGAAGCUAGCAGAGCUGUUCUACAAGCACAAGAUCCCCCUGAGAAUUGGAUUUGUGUUUGUUGUCGACACCAAAGAUGAGAUUGAUGGCUUCUCAGACGCAGGGGUGGGAUUUUACAGACUGUUGAAUUACAUCGCAGACGAGUACGAUUUAUCCCAGGCUCUGAUGUCCACGGUCGCCUUGUACAACAAAGUAGACGUAGGGGAGACGCUGUCUGUUGACACAAUCACUGCUUACCUGAAGAGAAAAUUCCCUAAAGCCAGUGCUGAAAGGAUUCUCGGCGUGGAGUCCGAGUAUGAUGACAAAAGAAAGGACGGCGCCCUCUUCUACAAACAGAGUGGCCUGGGUGCCCUGCCACUGGCUUUAUUUAACGGAGUCCCUCUGAGCCCUGAUGAGAUGGACCCAGACGAGCUGGAAACCAUCAUCCUGCAGCGCAUAAUGGACACAACCACCGCCUUCCAGAGAGCUGCCUUCAUGGGUCAGUUGACUGAGGGCUUAGAUGUGGUGGACUACCUAAUGGAGCAGGCCAAUGUGGUGCCCAGGAUGAACCCUCUUAUUUUAAGCACUGACCGGAAGUACCUUGACUUCACUGCCAAGCCAGUUGUAGACGACUGGGAGGACACGACUAUGUUUUCAUACCUUGAUUCAAGAGACAAAACAGCUGUGAUGGCUAAGAAAAUGAAGUACUUCACAAAUAAUGAUGAGGAUGGGAUGAGUGCUGUGACCGUGUGGGUAGCUGGAGAUUUUGAGAAGGUCUCAGGAAGGAAACUGUUGCUCAGUGCUCUGAAACACGUGAAGGCCAGCCCCGGAGUGCGCGUGGGGGUGAUAGAUAACCCCAGUGGAAAGCCCAGCGAAGAUAACACUGUGCUGUACAGGGCUAUCUGGGCCUCGCUCCUCACACAGAAGAAUAAGGCUGCGGCAGAGUUUGUGCAGAAACUCCUGAAAGAGCAGAGCAGCCAGCUCCUCCAGCAAGGGACCAAGAUGAAAGACUUACUAAUGCAGGGCAUGGACGAAGAUGCAUUUGAGAAAAAGUUCAACACACUGGAAGUGGAUUUUAUUCGUAGUCAGCAGCUGUUUUGUCGAGAAGUCCUGAAACUGAGCCCUGGACAGCGGGCGGUCAUCAGCAAUGGCAGGAUCCUCGGUCCAUUUGAAGAGCAGGAAGAAUUCACUGUGGAGGAUUUCCACCUGCUGGAGAAGAUUACACUGAGCGGUUCUGCAGAGAAAGUCAAAGCCAAAGUUAAACAGAUGGGGAUGAAGCCAAAGCACGCCAGUGACUUAAUCAUGAAAGUUGAUGCCCUCCUAACUGCAGCCCCCAAAGGAGAGGUCAGGAGGGACGUCCAGUUUAUCAAAGACAGCCACAGCGUGCUCCAUCUCUCCCCGCGUGAAAACGAGGUGUUCUAUGAUGUUGUGGCCAUCGUUGACCCGCUCACUAGGGAGGCACAGAAGAUGUCCCCUCUACUGAUUGUGCUCAGUCAAGUGGUCAAUGUGAGACUGCAGGUGUUUAUGAAUUGCAGGGCCAAGUUGUCCGAGAUGCCUCUCAAGAGCUUUUACCGCUUUGUCUUGGAGCCUGAUGUGAAUUUCUUGGCCAACGACACAGUGUCUCCAGGACCAGUUGCUCGCUUCAUGGACCUCCCAGAAUCUCCCCUUCUCACCCUUAAUAUGAUCACACCAGAGAGCUGGAUGGUGCAGGCUGUCCGCAGCCCCUAUGAUUUGGAUAAUAUCCACCUGCAGGAGGUGAGCGGGGUUGUGACAGCAGAGUACGAGCUGGAGCACCUUUUGCUGGAGGGCCACUGCUUUGAUCUGUCAACCGGGCAGCCUCCCCGUGGACUGCAGUUUACCCUGGGCAUGAGUCGGGACCCGCUCAUGUAUGACACUAUCGUCAUGGCUAACCUGGGGUAUUUCCAGCUGAAAGCCAAUCCUGGUGCUUGGAUCCUGAGAUUACGUAAAGGGAGAUCAGAGGAUAUCUAUCAGGUUCUCACGCAUGAUGGAACCGACUCACCUGCGGAUGCUGGUGAUGUCAUUGUUUUGUUGAACAGUUUCCACAGUAAGAUCAUCAAAGUCAGAGUCCAGAAAAAGGCAGAGAAGAUCAAUGAAGAUCUUUUAAGUGAGAAUAGUGAAAGCCAAGGCAUAUGGGACUCCAUAGCAAGGAGAUCUAAUUCCUCCCCCCGGUCCAGACUGCAAUAUUAUGCUGUAAGAUCUAGUCUUGCAAAAAAUAUGUGCUUCUGUAGCAUCACAGGUGGUGGGGCCAAGAAGGAUGAUGGAGAGAAGAAGAAAGAGGAUGUUCUUAACAUAUUUUCCGUGGCCUCGGGCCAUUUGUACGAGCGCUUUCUGAGAAUAAUGAUGCUGUCCGUCCUUCGGCAUACAAACACACCCGUCAAGUUCUGGUUCCUCAAGAAUUACCUCUCGCCAUCUUUCAAGGAGACCAUCUCUCACAUGGCCGAGGCGUACGGCUUUCAGUACGAGCUGGUACAGUACAAAUGGCCCCGCUGGCUCCACCAGCAGACUGAGAAGCAGCGCAUUAUCUGGGGAUACAAGAUCCUCUUCCUGGAUGUUCUGUUCCCUUUGGCUGUCGACAAGAUCAUCUUUGUGGACGCCGAUCAGAUAGUUCGGGCUGAUCUGAAGGAGUUGAGGGAUCUAAACCUGGAGGGUGCUCCUUACGGCUACACACCGUUCUGUGAUAGCCGCAGAGAGAUGGAGGGCUAUCGCUUCUGGAAAACCGGUUACUGGGCAUCACAUCUAGGACACAGGAAAUACCACAUCAGCGCUCUGUAUGUAGUGGAUUUAAAGAAGUUCAGGAAGAUUGCAGCAGGGGACAGAUUACGAGGCCAGUACCAAGCCCUGAGCCAAGACCCCAACAGUCUGUCCAACCUGGACCAGGACCUUCCUAACAACAUGAUCCACCAGGUGGCCAUCAAGUCUCUUCCACAGGAGUGGCUGUGGUGUGAGACGUGGUGUGAUGACACCUCCAAAGUCACAGCUAAGACGAUAGACCUGUGCAAUAAUCCAAAGACCAAGGAGCCCAAGUUAACAGCCGCAGCAAGGAUCGUACCUGAGUGGGUUGAAUAUGACAACGAGAUAAAACAGCUGCUGAGACGUGUCCAGGAACAGGAAGACACAGCGACGCAAAAACAGACUCCAUCGUCCUCACAACAUAAAAAAGCCGACAACCGGCGUGAUGAACUUUAGUGCCUGCCAGCACCAUGCUGAAGAGAAAGGAGGCAGCACCUUUUGCAAGCCGGCCACCUGUGAAGCUUGAAGACUGACAAUUCCAUCUAAACUUAGCCACAGAGCGUUGCAUCCUCAGCCGGGGAGAAGGAUGGGAUAUUUUCAGAGAUGCCAUAUCUGCUUCGGCAGUCGAUACGUCUUACAAAAUUAACACGUGAUGUAAGUGUUAACUGCCGACUGUGAACCUGUGGUGUGUUCUCAGCACUUACAGCAACGUACGUGGUUACCGGAGAAUGAAGUGAGCAGAGAGGGAAUAAUGAGGUGAGGUCAGUCACAGCACUCUUAUUAGGCGUGUUUGAGAAAAUAGUUGGCAUAUAUUGCACUGAUGAUGUAUGCAAAGAAUCAAAUGGAGAAGGCACAUGUCUGAGAAUCUAAUCUUACAGUGUAAUGUUUGUUUUUAUAUAUAUAUAUAUGUGUUAUGGAAAAUUACGUUUCAAAAUGCUGAUUUCUUGAUUUGAUGUUGACUGAAAUGCCCGCACCAAAGUUGUGACUGACAUAAAGCUAGUCUGUUUGUAAAUUUCAUAACUUGCCGCAAAGUUGUUACAUUAGAAGUGAGGGACUGAACGAUAAUUAUUGGGUGUUAUUAUUUUUUUUACCUUUUUCGGGAGAGCAGGGGAGUGUCGUUUUUAUUUUUUCUCACUCCAAGACUAUUUGAGUCAGCAGCCAUAAUCAGGCCAGCUGAUUUGGCCUGAUUCUGGGGUGUCAUUCAUGCCAAAUCUUAGCCGAGUCAGGCAACCAGAUGCAGCCCAGCUAAUUACACCCGGCUUGCCGAGUUUGGGCCGAUGCUGGGCCAGACCAUUUCUGAUAACAAUCCAGUGAUGGCAGUGUCAGCAGCCAUAAUCAGGCCAGCUGAUUUGGCCCAAUUCUGGGUCGUCAUUCAUGCCAAAUCUUAGCCAUGUCAGGCAACCGGAUGCGGCCUGGCUAAUUUCAUCCGGUUUUCCGAGUUUGGGCCGAUGCUGGGCCAGACCAUUUAUGAUAACGUCCCACUGAUGGCAGUGUCAGCAGCUGGAAUCAGGCCAUCUGAUUAGGCCCAAUUCUGGUUCGUCAUUCAUGCCGAGUCUCAGCCGAGUCAGACAACCGGAUGCGGCCUGGCUAAUUUAAUCCGGCACGCCAAGUUUGGGCCGAUGCUGGGCUAUAUCAUUUCUGAUAACGGCCCAGUGAUGGCAGCUGGAAUCCGUCCAGCUAAUUUGGCCUGAUUCUGGCUCUCAUUCAUGCUGAGUCUCAGCCAAGUUGGGCAACCAGACCCACCUGGCUAAGUUCAUCUGGCAUGCCGAGUUUGGUCCGAUUCUGGGCCAGGUCAUUUUGGCUACCUGGGAAGGUUUAUCAUAUUAAAAAUUGAUCUAGUAUGGAUCUAACAGUAACAUCAAAACAAUGCUUUUCAUGCAUCAUCAACCCUGUCUCUGUAUCAAGGCUUCAUUUUCCUCAUCACCAUCAAUCAUGUGGCCAAUGUCCAUUUUGGAAAACACAAUACAUGCAGAUCAUAUUAGUUUUUACCAACUAAACGUCUCUCGUACAGAGCGUUUCAGUUAUUGACUAUCCUGUACAGUCGCUAUUUUAUUCUGAAUCAUAACAGAAAGCUGAACCAAAGUUAAAUGUGUCUUACAAAGUGAGAAUAUAAUAUGAUGCAUGCUCCCUAUCACACAUUGAUCAGUGUGAUCAGCUCUGCAUGUGUUUUUUCUUCAGUCUUCAAAAUGAUUUGAACAGUUAUUAAUUUGUGUUUUGAUAUUUGUCAGUGCUCUAUGUGGCUCAGCAGGACAAAUUACCUCAGAGUCUCCAAGCUGCUGCUCGAAAAGGACUCAUGUAGCCUAACUGAUUGAAAAUUGAAAGUGGUUGUAUUUUCACCUCUUUGUCAUGUUUGUUUUUGUAUUUUAUGGGGAGGGUAUUCCUUUUUCUUUUUUAAUGUCAAAGGGAGGGUCCAACGAAAAUAUAAGUAAGUCUGGGGAGUGCCUCUUUUUGUAAAAUGAAAAAGAUUCAUCUCUCUUUCCAACCCCAAUAAUUUUCCUACUGUCCCUGAGAAAAGCAGGUGGCACAGAAAAUGUACAUUUGUUAAACCCCGCCCCCAAACAGCGAUUGUUCAACUGUAGCUCAGCAACCGCUGUAAGGGCGGGGGUUAGCAAAUGUGUACGUGUCUGUCCCUGUGAAGUAAUGUGUAUUAGAUGACUUUGGCUCAGCAGACCAGGCGAUGCUUUAUCAUGGCCAAGCUGUGGAUCAAAGAAUCCUCAUUUGCACACUAAAGGUCACAGUUUAUGUGUAGGACAUAGGGUUUUAACUUAUUACUGUAUGUUUACAUCUUGCGUACAUUCAGCUUCACUGCUUUGAAAUUUUAGAAAUCAUUUUUCAGUAUUUGAAUUCCACGAUGAACCAGUGUUUUUGUCUCAGGAAUAAGACAGGUGUCGCUGCUCAACCCAAACCAAUAGUAGUUUCUUUUUUUCUCUGUCUUUAAAGUCAAUAAAAAUGGGUGCAGGUUGUCUGCUCUCAGGACACCCAUCUGUCACUGUGCUGUGUCAAAUACAAAUGUUUAUAUUACUGUCUGGUGGAAAAAUAAACCUUUGCUAUAAAAGUC